AUGGGUACUCCAUCCUCAUUGCCCACAAACCCUAACCCCAGCCCCAGUCCGCCAUUACCUCAGUCACCGCCACCACAAACGCCACCAUUACCACAAUCGCCACCACCUCAGUCACCGCCACUACCCCCAAGCCAAAUACCACCUCUCAUUCCGCCGACUCCCCUCUCGCCGCAAUCCGAGCCGCAAAAUGAAACACCAAUUCUCGACACCCAUUCCCCAGAACCUGCGCCUACAAAAGGCAAAACAAAAAGGGCUGCAGGUAGACCCAAAGAAACCCCUGUCGGAAAAAGGAAACGAGUACCCUCUGUUCCUUUCGACCUAAACUCUCCACCUCAGCCGUCCUCUGAACCAGUUAGCAAAAGGACCAGGUCUUCUCGCAAACCACAAAGCACCUGA